UCCCCUUUUUUGUGGGCUGGAGUUUGUGAUCGAGGAGCGGGAACGCAGAUGCCCUUCUCCCCAAUGACCCCUGGGGAAGAGGCCAAGUGAAUGCGCCUUGCAACAUGUUCCUGACCUGCGAAGGGACCUUCGGAAUGGUGCCAGCCACCGUGGGUUACAAUGGGGAAUUCCAGACUGGCUACCAAGAAAUCGAAGGGAUCAACCUGGGCUACUUACAGAUCAAUGGCACCCAGAUGUUUGCUUUGGCGCAGGUCCUCAGCGACCUGUUUAAGGACAUCCCCAGGACCACCAUCAGCAAGAAGAUGGAGACUCUGAAGAUCAAGAGACGCCGCUGCGAUCUCAGGGAGCUCCGGACCCUCAAAGCCAUCAACUCCGUGCCCACCCGAGCGGUGAAAUGCUCGCUCAUUUCCAAGGCAGACCUGGAGGCGCUCUGCACCUCCUGCAAGAGCCUCAGCCCCAGGAGGAGGAAGAGGAAGAGGAGAGAGCAGCUGCUGCUGCCGGGCCCCGCGGAUCUGUUCGACUGCCCCCGGCAGCCGCUGCGGUCCUCGUGCGGAGCCGGCCCCUACUGCACCCAGGAGCCGGGGAGCUGCGGCGAGCUGGCCCCCGCGCCCCAUCACCCCGCGGGCGGGCUCUUCCAAAACUAUGACAAAGACACCAGAGGCCGGAAGGGCUAUGGCCUGGGGGGCCGCGGGGGGCUCUUCGCCGGCGUGUUGAGCGCCUACCCCAGGGACCUCCAGCUGCUCCACUCGGCAGCCCGCGGGGCACACGGAGCCGGGCAGGCGCAUCCCCAGCCGGAGCCCGGCCGGACCAAGCGCUGCUCCAAAGGGCUGUUCCCCGAGGAGAAGGGCCAGGGGGCUGCCAGGACAAGCCGCCUCUUCCCGGGCUGCAAGAGGCAGGGCACCUCGGCCGGCUACUCCAGCGACUCGGAUUCCAGCCUGGACUUCGGGGGCUCCAGCCCUGCCACCUCCAGCGACUCGUCGGAGGAGGAGGAGGAGGAAGAGGAGGGGGACACGUCGUGCAGCAGCGAAGAAGGCAGCUCCUCGGAGUCGGAGAGCAGCUCCCUGUGCAGCGGGGACUCGGUGCAGAGCACCCGCUACAGGCAGGCGGCUCUGCCUCGGUUCCAGCAGCUACCCCACCCCCUCAGAGAGCCCAUCGGCGACGAGAGGCUCCCGGAGCCCCACAAAGCAGCCCUGCGCCCGGAUCCCAACCUCCUGCUCCUCUCCCAGCAGCUCUGGGCCAGGACUCUGCGAGCGUCAACUUUGGAAAGUUUGAGGCCGCUUCCAGCCCUGGGAGCCGGGGACCAGCAGCAGCGGGAGCCGGAGCUAGCGUGCGCAAAGCAGGAGCCCCCCUCCUCCCAGUCCUCCCCGGGCUGCAGCUACUCUGUGAGGGACCCACAACAAAAGGCGGGAGACCGUGGGGCGACAAAGCCCUGCGCCCAAGGGGAGGAUUUGCACAAAGACGCCUCCAACAAUGCAGCCUCGUUAGGCCCCAGUGAUCAAGCAAAGAGGCAGCUCGCUGCUUUAGCCGGGCGAUCUGCUUCCCAAGAGCCAGCCUUGGGCUCAGCUCCUCCGCCCUCAGCUCAGGAAUUCGCAGGGAGCCUCAGCCCGGCUCCCCAGAGGGUCUUAGGAGAGCCCAGAAGGGAGCAUUUCGACAGGCUUAUCAGGCAAUCCAAGCUGUGGUGUUAUGCAAAAGGGUUUAACGCGGAUGGGAAAGGUUUGCGGCCCGGAGGGAGGACGGAGCCGUGCAAAGAGGCCGAGCUCCAAUGCUCCGGCUCCAAAAGCGCACCGAGCCCAAGCCCCUUGUCAAACAAAGCUUUGAAAGGCAAUGGCUCGGAAAGGAAUUCCAAGCGCAGACGCCUUGCCAGAGGCGCUGAGGCAGAACGGCAACAAAACUCUGCUAAGGGGAGGCCACAAAAGACUCCGAGGAGGAAUGCCGCAAAGGGAAAGACUCAUUGCAAACGCCUGGCCAGCGCCGGGCCAGCACCAGGCAGGAAUUCCUUCAGCCUCCUGGGCAACUUCCCCUGCAUCCCUUCGCUGGUGGUGGGGGAGGAUGGGGAUCUGCGUCCCGCUGCCUCCCUGUGCGUAAAGAACUCCUGCGCGCUCUCCAAAACGCACCCGCUGUGGAGCUGGCAGGUGGGCGGCAGCGCCCUCCCUGUGCCCCCCAGCCUCAAAUUCCGGGGCUAUGGCCUGGAGGGUUUCUAAACGAGGCCCGAUGAAUGUUCGCCAGCCAAGUUUACAUGCAACAGUUGAGAGAGGGGGCGAGGGAGAUGGGAACCGGCUUAUUCCCAAAGGCCCUAGGGAUCUGAAGUGCCCAAAUAUUCAGGAAGGGUUGAGCACCCCAACUUCUCACCCACCCCGAGCGCCCUUUAAGGUGUCCGACUCCCCCAAUCAAAUGGACCCCCCCAAAUCACGUUAGGAAACUUUGGCCACAUAUAUCUACUGCUGGAAAUAUGGAGAGGGGAAGGAAAGGGAUUUCAACUCUGGCUGAGGCACGAUUUCUUUUCUGGGGGGAGGGUCCAACAUUCGGGGGCUCUGUGCGAAAGUAAAACACCCGCCCCGAAACCAGGUCAGCGGGAGGAAUACCUCACUCCCUCUGCAUUCGGUGGUUUAUUCCAACCAGGGUGAUAUGGACUUGAACACUUGAAUAUUGAAGUGUUCAAGUGGUGCUGCCCUUCCUCCCCUCUCCAAGUUAAACGAGAACUGUCCCUCCCUUCCCAUUCACCCCAAGUUAAUUGUAUAUUGUCCCUUCCCACUUCCUCUGCGUUUGAGGGAGAAUUUAAUGCUGUCAGCCCAACACACAUGAAACUGGUCUCAUCAAAGCUUUCUCUUAAAAAAAAAGCCUAACCAAGAAAAGAAUGGAUCUAAUUUCUCCUUUCCUUGAUACAUGCAUUGGGUUAAAAUAAUAACAAUCACAUGCAGAGAGAAAGAAUGAUCUCGCCUAUGGAAGAAAUACCCCCUCUUUUGCAUUAAUCAAUCUCAUACGAAAAAUUUGCAAGCAGCUAUUUAAACGAAAUAAUCUACUUUAUCUACCAAAGAGAGAAAAAAAUCCGCCCCCCCAAAUGAAUAGGGAGUUCUGCCUGCAAAAAAUAUAACAGGCGAGUUUCAGAGGAAGAUAUUGGAAACUGCUGCAUGUAAAUGAAAAGGAAAAACGGGUUGUUUGCUGGAUACCCUAGGUCGGAUAGCCUAAAGGUAGCAGGCCUGUAAAAGCUUUAUUGGCGCAAGAAAUAGGAGCCAGGAGCAUUAGGAAUAAAGUGCAGAUGGACAAUUUGAUCUCUCUUAACUUCCAAAGUGGAAUGUGGAGAAGAAUGUUGAGAGAAAGUUUCUCUUCUCUGUAAAGAAAAUCAUCUCUCCGUCUAACUCUUCUUACAAACCAGUGUCUUUGGAACUGGCCCUUUCGACUCUUUCUGAUUUGGCUUCACCCCUCUCGGCCAUCAAAGUUCAACUGGCUCUAAAGUCUGUUCUGUUUUGGAAUUGUUAGACAAAUGAAAGCGAGUGUGAGGUUUUUUGUUUUUCUCCCACUCCUUUCCAGCAGAAAAUAUUUUCAACAAAACGCGGAUCUGACACAGUCUGAGACCAUGGAUUCCCUCAAUUUCAACACAUUGGUGUGAAUGUUUUAAUUCCUCCCCCCCCAUAGUGUUAUAAUUGACUCCAGCAGACAUCCUAUACACGGGGUUUUACUUCCAAAAAAAAGAAAGAAAGAAAGAAAGAAAGAAAGAAAAAGAAAAAUUGUGGAUCAUUAUAGAAUUAUAAUCAUAGCAAACCUGGACACCGGUGAUUUAUAUUUUUAAUGUCAUUCCAUCGUUGGUGGAAAACAUUAUCCAUUACAGGCCAAAAAUAUUUUCUCUCCAAUAAUUUUUUUCUAUUAGGCAUACUGAAUUAUUUUGAUGCUAAAAACAUUCGUCUGUGGGUUUUUUUCUUUGUUUUGCAUUUUUAAUUGAUUGGGGUUUUUUUUCUCCAUUUAAACAAAAUGCAUGGGAUUUCUCCUAUGCCUGUGCAAUAACUGUGGAAGGUUACAAAAAUCUGCUGUCUGUGUGUGUGAGAGAAAUACCUGUUCUGUUGGAAGUCUCUCUCCCUUCUGCAGUUUGCUCUUUCUAGCAGACUAAAUCCUUGUCUGCAGUGUACACAAGCGCACAAAAAUGGAGUCUUUUCUUCUUCGCAUACAUACACUGCUCUGGUCGGUUGUCCUGGCUGCCCGAACAGGGGAUUUGAAAAGAAAAGCCCAUGAGAGAGGAAAAGAGGCACACAUCUAGAGAAAUAAUCUUGGUUGUUUUCCUUUGAAUGUCUUAAGGGGAAUGCAGUUCUCCAACGCCUGCUCCAAUCUGCACAUUUUGCCUCCGGACUCGUAGCUGCAAGAUCCAAAGCAGAUUUUUAAAAAUGUGUUUUCCAGGAUUUGUUUGGGGGUUUUUUUUGGGCGCGGGGAGGAAGGAGAAGGAAUUUGCAAACAGAUUUGUGGCAUUUGUUAAUUACAAACCUUUGUUGUUUAUGCAAGAGCUUUGGAUAACGUCAACAAAGACGCACACACAAAGAGAGGCAGGGAGGGAGAGAGAGAUCAGUUUGAAAUAUUCAAAAAGUCUGCAAAAGGGGUGCAUGGCUGCUGGGAAUCUCAGGCUCCAUUCCGAACGUGUUAGCUAGUUUUUCUUUAAUUAUAUGCCUGGUCCUGAAGCCCUUGGACAUGCAGAUCUCCCAGUGAAGAGAAAAUGAGAGAGAAUUUGUCUUUUUUAGCCUGGAUAAACUGAGCAGAAAAGAGACACUUUGGCUAUCAAUGUUGCUAAAGCAACAAACAGUAACACAAAUAACUCAGGAAUAUUCUCUAAGGGAUAUAAUCACCUCAAAAAGUGUGUGGAUAUAUAUGUGUGUGUUUGUGCCUGUGUACAUAUGAAACACACAGAUUGCAUACACGCACUAUUGUCUAUGCACACACAUACAUACAUUAUACAAUGUGAUGGAGGCUGUGAAUACAAUAUACCUCAAAACUUCCUCUUUUCCCCACAACAUGCUCGCCUUGUAUACUUAAGCAACAGACACCUUGUUCUGUGCUAAAGAAAUACGUUUUCCCCAACUCUUAAAGAAAUUGAUCCCAGCCAGAAACGUGAAAUAAUCUGCAUAGCAGGUCUCCAUUUUCUUUCCCAAAAGGUUUUUUUUUUAAGGUUUGUUGCAAUGCAAUACAAAAAAUAAAAAGGAAAGGCCAGCCGUGAUUUGAUAUCAUGUGGUUUUAAAAUAAACACACAAAUAAAGAAGCAAUUUAGUAAUAAGAUCAUGAUAAUAAAAAGAGUCGAUGGUGCUUUAUCGAAAAGAAGCAAAACCUCCUGGCUAAAAGUCACGAGCACAAAAGGCCCCGGACGAUUGGAAUGUUGAGGAGUGUACUUGUAUUUUCGAACAACAAAUAAUCAGUUUGCACCGCUGGAGUCCUUUAAGGGUUAAGCUAUACAAGGCUCCUUUAUAAUAAAUUGGAUAACGUAGCUUUGUUUCCAAAAUGUGUGCAAAAGGAGGAAGAACCGAUUUUUUGUUAUUCCAUUUUGUUUUCCUAAAAGCGUUGGAACAGAUAGGAGGAAAAUCAAUGGCAAUAUCUUCUUUAAAAAAAACCCAUAACUUUUAUAAA